AGGAAGUCCUUUAUCCACCAGAGGCAGAAUCUUCAGAAUCUUCCUUCUCUAAUCAGGGCAUGUUGGUGGGUGGAAGACUCUUGACUCAUCCCUGGGGUAGAUGUGCAAUCACCACAUCAUGGCAGGCAUGACCUGUGAUCGGAGCCGCCAUCACAGCUUGGAGAUGAAAAACCCGCAAAAUUACAGUCUUCAGCAAGUAACUCUCGAUACUUCUAGACAAAAGCAAAAACAUAAAUCUACACUGCUUACAGGCACGUGUAGGCAAAAUGGGGCUCUAUUUUUUCUUGGCUGUAUCAUUACUAUAGUAAUGGUGAUCCGUUCCCUUGUUCUGUUAGCAGUCUGUGCUGCUGUGUUCACCAAUUCAUUAGUCUUCCAUGGAGUUUCAUUUCCCUCAGUGGAGAGUUACUGUGGCCCAUGCCCUAAGAACUGGAUAUGCUAUAGAGACAGCUGCUACCAAUUUUUUAACGAGAGCAAAAACUGGUAUCAGAGCCAAGCUUCUUGUCUGUCUCAAAACUCCAGUCUCCUCAAGAUCUACAGUUGAGUGGAACAGGAUUUCCUUAAGUUGGUGAAGUCGUAUCAUUGGAUGGGACUCAUCAAAGUUCCCCAGACUAGGUCCUGGCACUGGGAAGAUGGCUCAGCUCUCUCACCAGAUCAACUCAGCCUGGUGGAAAUGCAGAAUGGAGGCUGUGCUGCCUAUGGCUCGAGUUUUAAAGGCUACACAGAAAACUGUUCAGCUCUCUACACAUACAUCUGCAUGCGCAGGGCUGUGUGAGGACGUUUUCUACUGGAUCAGCGAAGUCCAGGACUAGAAGCUCCAACAGGAGCUUAUUAUUAUGGAAACAUAAGGUAGCAUAGAUUUAGCUUUUGUAAGUCUUAAACUUGCUGGCUACCCAUCAAUCUUUGUUAUAUUUUCUCUUUUGGAGUGGGAAAGCCUCUCCACAUCAUUAUAUUUUUAAGUCACAUGGCUCAUUUCACUUGACAAGCUCAGAUUUCAGAAGGUUUUUGCCCCUCUUACUCAUAUCUCAUUGAGUCUAUAGUUGAGUGAAACUUUGGAUUUAAAUUCUAAAGGACUGAUUCUGGAAGGAGUCAAGACUAUUGGAAUUGCAAUUCUGUGUUGUUCCCUGUUAGAAAGAUAGGACUUGCAGGGAUCAGUGGUAGAAUAGUACAGAUGAAUGCUUGUGUUCCUCAAAAAUUUAAGUGAAACAUCAAACAUUACAAUACUAAGAGGUAGGAAUUUUGAAGGUGAUGGGUUUUUCUGAGAGGAUAAAGCUAACACGACUAAAAUAAAUGCCUUAAAAAUGAAACCCCAGUGAUUUCUCUCACCAUCUCUGUUCAUCAAGUACAUCCUAUAAGAAAGCUCUAGCCAGAUCCCUGCUAUUCCAGCACCAUGUUCCUGGUUUUGUUUUUUUUUAGAACCAUGAGGAAUAAAUAUUUGUUGUUCACUCCUUGCACAGUCCAUGGCAUUUCAUGAAGUAACCUGAAUAAAAUAGAAGGAGAAAGUAAUCUGACAUUAGAUCUCACUGAAAUGUAGUAGGAACUGUUGUGCAAUAUUGUUGUACAUCACAACUUGGGUAAAUCUUUGCUAAAUUUACUGGUA